GAGAGAGGGGGGGAGAGAGAGAGAGAGAGAGAGAGAGAGAGUGGGUGUGUUGAUGGUUCGGCGGCUUGACUCUCCAGCUGCUGAGCGGGUUGGAGCGCACCGACGAGGAAACAAACUGAACUCACUCCUCAUCUGAACUGUCAUUCACUCCACCUUGAACGUGAAUGAGAGUGUUUUGGGCAGAGGACACGGAAACAUGGCGGGACAGCGCUGUUUUUUAUCUUUACAUGGAGCUUUAUCGAUCUUUUUCUUCUCCGUGCUGCUGCGUCCCGGGACUGCCGGUAUGCCCCAGCUUUUCCCCAUGAGUAAGCUGUGUAAGUUCUGUGACGUGGAGCUGUCCUCCUCCUGUAGUGGCACGGGGACCUGCUUCACCAACUGCUCCAUCACAUCCAUCUGCGUGGAAGCCAGCGAGGUCUGUGUCGCUAUCUGGAGAAAGAACGAGACAGACUUCUCCAUCGAAACAAUCUGUCACGACCCGGCCAAGUCGCUGCACGGCAUUAUGCUGGACGACUACAACAGCUCCACCUGCGUGAUGAAGGAGAAGAACACGACGAGUGGGAUGGCUCACAUCUGCUCCUGUUCUGAGGAGGAGUGUAACGACAGGCUGUUAUUCUCCCCCAGUGAGUGUAUGUCAAGAACACUUUGUUGCCAUCUUCAUUUUUCAUCCAUCUAAAAUUUUAAAAAGUAA